CUUGUGUAGUUUGUAUUGUAUAUUAUUACACUGUUUGUGCAUAAAGUUUGUGUUAAUAUUUUCUAAUUAUUUUAAGUAGUCUAUAAUGAUAUACUCCAAACUAGGGAUUCUUAUUUGCAAUAGUACGCUCAUAACAAUUUUCAUACUUUCAAUCCAUUACGCUGAUUCUAAAUUGGACCAAAAACAAAUAUUCCUGAAACACGGAACACGCUAUGAAUCAACUGAUAUCUUGGCCAGAGCAUUUAAAUCAGAUGUUCGCAAAACGAUGACAGUGCAAUUUUUCAAAAACAAUACGAAGACUUUGGAAACAUCCGUUGAUCUGAAUGAAAAUAUGCUGAAAACAUCAGGAUGUCUACCAUCAGAUAAGAUUUCGAUUGUACUACAUGGCUGGAUCCAAAGUUGUUCCGAUGAGUGGGCGCUUUCAUUGAUAGAUCGCUUAAGUUUUUAUCGCAAAGGAUGUGUGAUAUGCAUUGAUUACAGCACCGUUGCCAGUUCGUCCUACAUGAGGUUGUACUCAAAUUUUGAGCACAUUACUGAGGCAAUUGUCGGAAUUAUUAUAGGCCUAAUACAACAUGGUUUCGAUCCCAACCGCGCAUAUUUGUUUGGCUUCAGUUUUGGCGGACAGCUGGCGUCUGCAGUUGGCAGAUCCUUGCAGCCUCAUUUCACUUUACAAAAUAUAGACACUUGUGAUAUGGCCGGACCAGGUUUUGAUCCCAUUGCUGUGGAUCAUUCGAAAGCUGGCAAGAAUGUGCAAUGUUUUCACUCAAGUCGCGAUAAGGGUACUUUAAUACACUCUUGCCACAGAAAUAUUAUGCUGGGCAGUUGUGGUCUUAGUCAGCCUUCUGUGGCCAGUCAAUUGCAUCUGGGCAGUCAUGGUCUGUGCGUCGACAUCUACAUUAAUAGCUUUGACUAUCCAUUCUAUGCUCUGAAAUCGCCGCCACCCGAAUGCAUAUCCUUUACAGCGGCAGCCAAAAUUCCAGACGAUUAUACUGUUGGAUACGAUGAGCAUUUCAACAAGCAAGUAAUGGGCAAAAUCUAUGUACCCACGAGCUUACACUACCCCUACAAUUUAUCUAAAAAAGAGCUUCAAUUGCUUUAUAUGGAUUUUAAAAGAGAAUAAAGAAUAUUAAAGUACAAUUUAUUUACGUAUACU